UGUUAUUUUAUUUAUUUUUCAGUUCGUCGAAACCGUUUCAUCGGACCGGUUACUUCCACUUUUUGUUAUUUCUGACCUAAUUGUUUAUCUACCACAAUGAAAGCUAAGUCUGGCUUAACCCGCUUCCGUAACUGCUUUAUUCUUCGCGAUAGUGCAAUAAUAAAAGAGGACCUCUGGAUUCGGAAUGGGAAAAUUCAAAAUCCUGAACAAAUAUUUUAUGUAGAACAACUUGAAGCUGACCAGACAAUAAACUGUGAGGGGUUACUGAUUUCUCCGGGUUUUAUCGACAUUCAAAUUAACGGUGGAUGGGGCAUAGAUUUUUCAUAUGACAUUGAAAAUAUUGAAGAAGGUGUCCGUAAAGUGUCUCAAAACUUGUUGUCGCAAGGAGUGACAUCCUUCUGCCCGACUAUGGUGACUUCAGAUAAGGAACAGUACAAGAAAAUCCUUCCGCACAUUAAAAAGAGCCCUGGUGGCAAACACGGGGCCACUAUACUUGGCGUCCACCUAGAGGGCCCGUUUAUUAAUAUAGAAAAGAAGGGGGCCCAUAUGGAUCAAUAUAUCAAAUCGUUAGACAAGGGCAUAGAUACUAUUAACGACAUUUACGGAUCCCUUGACAACGUAGUAAUAGUGACCCUAGCUCCUGAACUGCCUGGGGCUACUCAGGCCAUCAAGGACCUGACGAAAUUGGGCAUUAAAGUAGCCCUGGGCCAUUCGGCGGCGAGCUUAGCUGAGGGCGAAGAGGAUCAAAAUGGAGCCAAUCUCAUCACACAUUUGUUCAACGCGAUGUUGCCGUUCCACCACCGUGACCCCGGGCUAGUGGGUCUGCUGGCAUCGUCUACCAAUAAGCAGGUCUACUACGGGAUAAUAUCGGACGGUCUACACACGCACCCCGCGGCGUUGAGGAUAGCCUGCCGGACUAACCCUGCAGGUCUAGUUCUAGUUAGCGAUGCCGUAGCGGCGCAAGGCUUGGCUGACGGCAACUACCAUAUCGGACAACAGCGAGUGACGGUGCAGGGUGGCAAAGCGUACGUCGAAGGCACUAAAACGUUAUGCGGCAGCACGGCCAAUCUGGACGAGUGUGUGCGCACCUUUAAGGAAGCUACAGAUUGCACCUUAGAAUACGCCCUGGAAACGGCUACACUGCACCCAGCGCGGGCCCUGGGCAUCCAAGACAGUAAGGGCAACCUCAACUUUGGCAGCGACGCGGAUUUCGUCCUCAUGCACCCUAAAACGCUCAAGGUUCUCUCCACUUGGAUCGCGGGGGAGUGUGUGUAUAAAUGUCAGAGUAAUGGGUUAUAAUAGGCCUGUUUCCUACUAGUCAAAUCAGCUUCUUUUUAUGAAGACGUAGUUACGCAGAAACGUUCCAAUCCAUCUGAAAUUGUCAUUGAAAUGAAAGACUUUUGUUUUUCAUACAAGGUCUAUUUUUCA